AUGUCACUUGCUCAAUCUUAUGCUUUGGCCUCCAAAGUGAGGUCAAAAUUGACAAGAGAUGCUCAGGAUCCUAAGUCUUCAUUGAGGAGUUUAGUGGUUCAAGCUAAUAUGUUGGACUCCUUAUUAGACCAUAUUUCAGAAGAAUCUAAGAAUAGAGCAGCCAAAUCCAAAGUUUCUUUCAAAGACGUACCUACUGUUCACCGUGAAACCCCCACCAAAGUUGUGGAAUAUGAAGUGGAUGAUGACUCAGAUUCUGACUCAGACUUUGAUUCGGAUUCAGAUUAUGAGUUUGAAGACGAUGAUGAAGAAGUGCAGCAACCUCAAUUGCGCGUUUACGAAGACGUUUAUGACUCAGAAUCAGAUAGCGAUCUCGAGAGUGAAGAAGAAGACCUAUUCUAUAAACAUGCAUUGCCCGUCAUCUCCGAAGAACCAGAAACCCAUUCACACGCAUCGUCCAUCAACCUCCACACCAUUCCUCGUAGUUUCAGUCAAGACGAGUUGGAAUCAAAAAUCAUGAAUCAUAGCUUAUUCAAGCCUCAUAAUCUGCCGGCGAUGGUGUCGUCAGAAUCUCUUUCUAUGAAACGCAUGAUAUGA